CAACUUUAAAUAUACAUACAAAAUCAGUUACAUACCUCUUCUCUACUCAUUGCUGUUCAAACUCCAUGGAAAUGCAGAAGAAAAUCAUGGAGAGAGGAGAAGAAGACCGACUCAGUGAUUUGCCCGACGCGAUUCUACUAUACAUCCUCUCUAUGUUGCCGGAGGGAAAAGAAGUUGUGAGAACGAGCGUAUUAUCUCAGCGAUGGCGGUUUCUUUGGAAGUCCGUUGCAGUUUCACUCAAUUUCGGCGUCCUCGAUUACCCCUAUGUUGAACGAACCAAAAAGAAAAUUCUUGCUUUCGUAGCUUCCAUCAAUAGAGAGCUUCAUUAUUGGAGGUCUUGCGAGAAAAUCAAAGCAUUUAGGGUUUUUCCCGUUAAAUACAAAGAGUAUCUUGUUAAAGAUUAUGAUUUUUGGGUACAUUUUGCAAUGAAAAUUGCUAAUGUUGAAGAGUUCACACUUAAAUUUUGUAUUAUCACUUUUCCAGAUUACGCGUAUAAGUUUCCUCAGUUUGCGUAUAAGAAUACGUCGUUAAGGAAUUUGGUUUUGCGCAACUGCGGGCUAAACCCUUCUGGUAGUGUGAACUGGAGCAGUCUGGUUUCUCUUUCCAUUGGACGCCUGAAAUUGACGGAUUGUGCCAUGGAAAAAAUAUUAUCAGGUUGCCCCAAAUUGGAGAGCUUGGAACUGGAUAAUGUUUUGUGCAUUCGCCGUUUGGUAAUCAGCUCUGUGAAGCUGAGAAAGUUGAUCAUAUUAAAUGAUGAAAUUACUUAUCAUAACCAAUGGCAUGAAGAAGAUAUCCAUCUGCUCGAAAUAUUUGCCCCAUAUAUUCAAAAUUUGGUACUUUCGGGGUUCUUAUACAAUGAGAUACGCUUGCAGCAGAGCAGUGUGGCUUCACUUGUCACUGCAGUCCUUCAUCUUAAUGUUGAUUUUAUUGAAUUUGAAAAUGAAGAAGAGAAACUGGAGAAGGAGUUUAGAUAUUUGAAGGAACUUCUUCUCAGUGUUGCCCAUGUCAAGAAUCUUGAAUUGGGUCCCUUGUGCAUCGAGUGCUUUCCCAUACUGGAGUUGAGAGGGUGGCGAUCUCCACUAUCAGGCUGCAAAUUCUUAAAACUUAACACAGCAUUAAAACACUUGGACUUCGCUGGAAUUUACAGCUUUCUGCAGAGUUCAUCGGAACUUGAGACAUUGGUCCUUGACUGGAACAAUCACAAACCAAUAGACCAGCUCUUAAGUUACACAAAAGAGGUUGAACAGCGCAGGAGGUUUGAGGCAUAUAAAAACUGCUCAUUGCUACACCUAAAGACCAUCAAGAUCAUUAACUUUCAUGGAGAACUAAUUGGAAAUGAUCUUGUACUUCGAUUGGUAAAAUAUUUGCUAGAGAAUGCAACAGUUCUAGAAAAGUUGGUCGUUGUUGCCAAAUAUGAAGGGAGUGAUGUGCCCCGGGAUUAUGUUGAAGUGGAACAAGAGUUCCUAAGCUUUCCAAUAUCCUCUACGCACGCUUCAGUUGUCUUUUGUUAUCGAUAAUCUUUGUGCCCUGUUGUUUGUAUUGAUUGCGACUUAACAGCUGUUAUUUCAUUUAGAAGUUGGUUUGCGGCUGAUAGAUAUGGUUAGGAUUCUGCUUGUCUGUAUCCAAGGAGGAGUUAGUAGUUCUUCAUGUCUAAGCAACAGUGUGUUUAUUCUCUGAUCCUCGUGUAAGAAAUGCUCUAAAUGUUACGUAAACUUCUAUUCGUGUUGCAGAAUCAUGAUCAUGUUUUUGCAGUAUGGAAGGUUAAAGGUUGAAAGCAGUAUUUCAUGAUUCA